AUGUCUGGCGUAAUCAACAAGGUUAAGGAAGCCGUCACUGGCCACCACUCUUCCUCCACUAGUCACAACACCAGUCAGAACAGCGCCCCUGAGGGUGCCCAUGGGCCCCAUGGCAACCGAGCAGCCAACGCUGCAGACCCAAGAGUCGACAGCGAUCGUGACCACCGUGCCGCGCCAAGCUCGACCCUUGGUGGCUCUAACACAUACACAUCUGGAGACAACUACAGCCACGGCGGCGCUGGCACUACCACAACCGGUCACCGAGAAGGUGCUUCUGGACCUCACAACUCCCGUGUAGCUAAUGCCGCCGACCCACGAAUCGACUCAGACCGAGACGGCCGCUUUGCGGGUAACACCGCCGGCGACUAUGGUGGCAGUGGCCGAGAAGGAGUCUCUGGACCCCACAAUUCUCGAGUAGCCAACACUGUUGAUCCUCGUGUUGACUCGGACCGAGAUGGCUCUCGCACUGCUGGUAACACUUACGGAAGCUCUGGAACUACCGGAACUACUGGCGCCGGGUAUACCCCUUCCGGCACCACGGGUAACACCUUUGGAAGCUCUACUACCGGCACUCACGGUUAUGACUCUAAUACCGGCACAACCGGUUCUACUGGUAAUUACGGACACGGUGUUGGUAACCAUGGUGCAGGCGGUACUCAUGCCUCCACUGGUACCCAUGGUCUAAUCGGAACUCACGGUACUACUGGUACUACUGGUACUCGCGGUCCUUCUGACACCUACAACACGACCGGAAGCCAAGGUUUAAGCGGAACUCACGGUACAAGCGGAACCCACGGUACUGCCGGUACUCAUGGUACUACCGGUGCCUACGGUACGACCGGAACCCACAACACGACUGGAACCCACGGUGCGGUUGGAGCUCACUCUGCUCACUCUGGCCCAGGUCCUGCCCCCAACACCGCUGGCCCCCACAGUAGCGACAUCGCCAACAAGCUUGACCCCAGAGUCGACAGCGACCUCGACCACUCUAAAACCUAUGGCGGCGACAAGACUUACCAGUCUGGAAACUAUGCCAAGGAUCCCACAGACGCUGCUCAGGUACCCCCCUCUACCCUACGUGCACACAUCGGAGAGCCGGUGAUCGAGCACGGUGGCCAAGGGCACCACCACCGGAAUAGUGCGGGAACACACCAAGAGACGCAUAGGGGGUUAUAA